CGUGAAGUUUACUCCAGUGAGCUCUUAUGUACUGUUUGUGUGUAAAUACGAAAAGGUGAAAUCUGAGGGAUGAUGAUAAUUAUCUAACCUGUUCUAAUCGCGCAGUGUGGCAUUUUACUGAGAAAAUUUAAACAACAUUUGCGGUCUCUCUUACUUUUGGUGCCGAAGCAAUACGCAGUUCUUUUUACUCGUAGAAUACAAAUUGAGUGAUUGGAAUUUUUUUCGAUAGUGUUUACCAGCAAUUAAUAGCUUGGUCCCAUUUAUCGACCAUCGUGUGUGCAACGGAACCUGUUCCCCCAUAGUUUGUAUAACGGAUCCACUGUUUUCAAGGAUUUGAACAAAAUGUUGCUGCGAAAUGGCAUGAGUUUAAUUUUGCUGCUAAUGUGUGUAAUUUCAACGCUAGAAGCAGCCCCCGACGGCGACCCAGACAAGGAAGCGGCCGCGGUGACGACGAUCAAAGGAAAUGAGAACGAAACCCUCAAAUCAGCGAAAUCGUUAACGUCCAGCAGCAGGUCCAAGAAAGCGAACCUGAAGUCGACACCGAUUACUUACAUUACGACGCUGUCCGAUGUCGGCCAUCAGUACCAUGCAAAGGCAUUGCCGAAGAAAUAUGGCAAACCGGUAGCAAAAGCUCGGGAAGAUAAAGCGCAGCAUAAAAAAGAUAAAAUCAAACAUCACUACUCGGAAAAAUCCGCAGGAAAGUCACUCGAGGUGAUGCCGAAAAAGGAACCACUGAACAAUCCGGCGCUGCUCAGUAAAUUGGGUCUCGGCAAGGUCCACGUUUCAUCCAGUCACCAGAAGAAGCGCUUAGCGGUGGAAUCUCGCCAUCACGGUCGACCCGAUGACUCACAUAUGUUCGUGAUCAAGCUGCCACCGAAUCCCUACUACUACACCAACAAUGGACCGGUUCCGGCGCCGAACGCGAUCGAGGAUGUAGGCAAAAAGGUUCCAGUGGGUUUCAAGUCCAACGGAAAACCGGGUCGCAUCUACCACUGGAACAUUCCGGUGCUGAAGAAGAUCCUCGGAAACAACCGCGGUCGUAAUCCGAACUCACGUCACCAUGACAACAUCGACGAGUUGAUUGACAUCAAGGAUAUACCCACCUGGACCAAACCGUGGGAGAACGAGGCCCUGGAUAAAUCGCUGAUCAAAUUCAGCGCAGCCGAUCAUGCGGAGAAACUUCAAAAGAGGAAGUCGCCGACAUACUAUGCGCCAAUCAAGGCCAAGAAAAGUGCCCACGGAAAGUACUAUGCGAGCAAUGGUAAGCCGCAGAGUUUCUACGUAAUUGAGAAGAGCCAGAAAAAUCUGAGACCCAUCCAGCAUCACAAACUGAUUCCGUAAGACGAAUCAUAUCGGUAACGAUAUUUGCUUGCCAGUUUGUCGAUUAGAGGAGAAGCGGAGAUAGAUAGUAAACAUAUAAGCAGGAAAAUAAAACCCCAUAGUUUAGCGCAGGUAGCGAAGAGUAAAAAAAUCAUGACGUAUACAAUUGAGCUUUACAAAAUAUUAAAACGAGAGCUUUUCCCUAGCGUACGAACUUUGGUUUGUGUCUUUGGCGAUCGUUAUACUGAGCUAAUCGUGAGCGCACUUCAACGAGCUGGGAUUGCAGCAAAGACACAAACCGAAACAAAUUUUCGAAGCAAUUAAUUACUACUCUGAGCUACAAUUGGGAAUGACGAAUCGAAAAGUGCGAUCACUUUUUUAAAUUGCUUAGCUUUUAAGAUUUUGAUAUAUAUAAAUAGCUAGGCGUAGGUUGUAGAUCUUUAAUCAAAAGCAA